CUCAUUGUUCUCCCUCUCGAGUUUUUCUUAUUCAAUGGGAAGCAAAUUAGAUUUUUGGAGAGACUCAACAAGAUAUACUACCGUCGGACUACCCGGCGAGCUGCUGUUGCCCACGAUUCUCCUUUGUCUCCUCAUCGACGGAUUCGUCCGCCGUCUCGCUUCCAGAACUUGUCGACUGUCUUUUUCCCAAUGCUCCUACCCGUUUUCUUUUGUUUUUUAUGCGACAGCUGUUUAAUUCGGGAAAAGUAGAGUACAGCAACGCGAGUAAGCCACUUUGCAACUCGCCACCUACUUAGCCGUCUUACGGCUCGCGCCUCAUCUUUUUUACACGGGCCUGUGCAGCUAACUGAAGGAACGAGAACAGGGAACCAAACAGGGCAAACCGUUGAGUUUUUAUCGCUAGUAUUUUCAUCUCAGUGGAACAAAAGGAGAUAUCGUUGUUCGGGCAUCUUUUUUUAUGGUCAAGUGUGUUGAGGCAGACAUACGACUCAAUUGAGCUGGGGCCUCGGGUACACAAUCGAUGCGGAAGAAAGAUUUUCUCCAAGGCAUCGAUUCCCGAAUUCGCCACUUCCACUACUUGUUACCAAACACUAUUAGGGGCGUGCUUCCGGCCGUGGAAGAGUAACGCCUUCCAGAAGGUCGAUUCUGUGAAAACCUUGUCCACCGCUUGUUCGUUCGUCUCCGUUUCUGUUCCUGUUCCUCUGCAAGCAGGGUCUCUUCUGUGUUUGUACCAUCCCUGGUCUCUAACAGCGUAGUUUCUUUGUCCCGUGGUGAACGAAUCCAUUUUCCUUCUCUUGCCUUUCAUUUGGGAGAGAGGGUGGUGCCGUUAAGCACUUGCGAAGAAACGCGACAGUAACAUAUGAAGCGGUGAAAGACAACUGAGACGGAACUCAAGCCAAGCGGAGAGAGAGACUGGAAACGAGCCUGGACAUGUGGGGGUGCGGUGAAAAACCUCGGGAGGCGAGCACUUCGCAGUUUUCCGAGAUGUCAACUGACCAAACAAGGUCGACGCCUCUCCAGCUUUCUGUGUUACGAGUUUUGCACUAGACAGGAGCGCUUCUAGGAGGUCCACCAGGCUCCUUUGUAUUUGUUGUGGAGUGGUUUUCCAGUCUUGUCAAAAGGAGUCUUUCUGUCUCCGUACCCGUUUCCCUGUCUUCUGUUGUUUGUUUCUUACUGCACAUCGUUCUCACUCAAAGUUUCUAUAUGACCUUUUUCGUUCUUUUUUUCACUUGCAUGUGUGCCCUUAUGUUCUUCUUUUCGCGGCCUUUCUCCCUCUUCUCCGUCUGGCGCUUUUCCCUCCUCAGCAUUCCACCCCAAAACUGCCACCGUCUUUCCUUCUGGUCUUCCCCAUUUGGGUCGUGUUCGUUUGCUCCUUCUUCCGGCAGUUCAUUGCUUAUUUUCACAAGGCGAAGCCUACCGAGAACUGGGCGGUCAUUCUCCACAGCUUUACGUGACAUCUGAGGGUGUGGGGUAGCGGUGUACGGCAAUCACAGAGGGCUUGACUGUAUCUCAAAAGUGGAGUCAGUCUAGUACCAUGGGGACUCGACUGUCUCUCUGUUUCGCAAGGAGAUGAACGUAAUGUUGUCCAGGAACUCAGCAAACCGUGUGAAAGGACGAGUAACGAGGAGUGUUGUCCGCAAUGGUCCAGUGGAGAAGGCCGUCUGUCACCUGGCGAGAAAUUGUGGCUCUUUGCUGCUGCGGUGGCCGCAGCCGAGCGGUGGAACACGCUCUCGGACUGAAGCUCAUUAGCAAAGAGGAGCAAGAGCGGGUCCUUCACUCGUACAACCCUACGGAAGAGGACGAGGAGGCUCUGUCUCAAGAGGAUCGGCAAGCAGCGGAUGCAGCUGUUUUUCCUUUUCGGAACCGCCCCUCCCUACGCUAUGUCGGGGAUGUGUACAGACUCGACGAUUUGCUCGAGCGAACGCCUUCGAGUGAAAAGGGUGGAGGCCGGGCGUGCAGCGCCUGUCGGGCCUCACUGAUUUGUCCUCUGGAGCCGGAAGGAGGUUUUGUCCUUCGGCUCCGGCCCAUUCGAGAGUCUCUGUCGAAGCGGGGAAAGGGGGAAAAGGAGAAGCUGCCGCAUGGCAGCAGCUGCCAAGUCUUGUCUGUCUUGCAUGAAUCCCCGGAGAGGUCGGAAAGAAUUACCAGCAGCAGCACCCCUGAGCGAGAGAACUUCGAGGCGAGAGGGUCGAUGCACGCUCACACGGUACGCGGGAGACGAGAGCGCUACGAUGGUGCGAGCGAGGGGACGUGGAGGACUCGUGAGAGACGAGGACAACCGGAGGAAAUCAGGAAAACGGUUUCUUUCAGCGAUUUCAGGUCUUGCGACCGCUUCACUCGACGUUCCUCACCGCGUACGCAGAGGGGCGAAGGAAUGCGGCCUUUCGGCGCAGAAGCCGGAGGCGCCGGAUUCUCAGGGGAAGACAAAGGCUUCAUCCCGCGUGUCUCUCGCCUGUCGUGGUCUACUCCUCGUUUCACUGAGAGAUCGUCCUCUGCAGGCCUGUUUCGCGCCGAAGCCACCGACAGGUUGCCGAUCGAAGGUUCCCCAAGUGUUCAGGACCUGAACCCUAUUAGAAUCACGGAGAUGGUGAAGCGGGAGAGGAAGAGCGUGGAGCACGAAGAGAGGCUAAAGCGCGGCUGCGACAACGUAUCCGCUGGAGACAGCAGUGCGAGUGAAGAAGACGAGUUCCUCUUCUUCCCCUCUCACCAGGCUAGCAUGACUGACAGGUCCGCCAGCGGUGCCGAGCGGCUCUGGAGCCGCCAGUCUGCAGCCACAGGCUCCGCGGACGAGGCGACGCUUGCAGCGGCUACGGAGGCCGCGAAGGCUGUUGCAACCUCCAGCCUGGUUCGCCGAGAGAGGCGCGCAGCUUCACUUGCAUGUGCAGCCCCGAGGGCGCGAUCUGUUCUUUUUACCGCGCGUUCUUUCUUAGACAGUCCGCGCCGAAUAAGCGCAGGACAUGCGCUCCGGCGCGCGUCGACCGGUUCCGGGGGCGAUGUACGGGCGCCAGGCUCCACCUCACAGCAUGGGGGAGAAUGGGAGCCGAUUCGAGACGAGGCAACGGGCACCGACGGCUUCCCAGAAGCAGAGGAAUGCAGACAGAGCGUGGAAGCGCAGGGGCAGAAGGCGUAUUCCUGUGAUCGCCAGAAAGCGAGGGGGCAUGGGUAUAAGCGGCGAGACUGGGUGUCAAGCACCGGUGGUCUAGGCGAUGGCGAUGGUGAAGAAGUUCAUCCCGCGUCAGAGCCAACGCGACAUCGGAUUAUCAGCAGAGGGGAAGUGGAAUCCAGUAGGAGGGCCGAUUGUGUGAGGGAGUUCGAACGUCGAGAAAGCGACUGUUUCACGGAGACAAGGGUCUCCGACUUCGUGGAUUCAUCGGGAGGGUACCUGCCUUCGCCGUUCCCCCCCGCAAGCCCGAGACGCAUGCGAUACAGUCGGCGACGAGACAACAGCGAAGGCGAGGGAGGGCAUCGAGAUUUGCCCAGUCCGGAGUCGGGACAAAUCCGCUCCGAUGACUCUGGCAUGGUCACUGCGAGGGGCGCAGUAACCGCGCGCAGUCGCAGCAGCAACGAGGAGUUCUACACGCCGAGAACGUUCCGGUCUUUCGUAUGCUCGUCUUCCACCUCUCCUUCGCCCCGAGGGACAGAUGCAGCCUGCAGCAGGUUUCAAACGUCUUCCCUUGCAGAGGCGGUCGCCGAAGUGAACUUCUUACGGAAGCUCCGUGCUGCCACCGAGCGUAUCCGCCACGCGAGUCACGCUGGAGCCGGCACAAGGGCAGACGAGACACGAGAGUCACAAGGCAUGUAAGAAAUCGAACGAGAGGAGAGUCGGGAACAAGCGCGUUUCGAGGAGGCUGCAGCAGAUGCAGCUCUAGGACGUCUGUUCAGACGUCUGAUGUGCCGGCGAUCUUUUCUUGUCCGCCAGUCAGAAUAGAGAAAUUUAACGCCUUCAGCUGUCAUAACUGCUCCAGUGUGAGACUCGCGCUUCGAAUGCAACGUUGAGACGCCCAAAACACUUCGUGGCUGCAAAUGCAAUUAAUGGAUCAGUUUGCCCCCAGACAGCCGACCAGAAUUUCUGACGCAAGCAGAACGGCGCGCUCCAGAGCUGUGGAAAUUCGCAGCUGACCCUUUCGAAAUUCCGGUUAUCUGUCUUCCUCAAAGUCGCUAGUGAACGUGUUGUGGAGGUGUGCAGCGAGAAUGCCGAAAAAUGUCACGGAAUGCUCAGUUUUCUGUUCAGACCCAGCGCCCUCGCUCGAUCAUGUGCUGAGAAGUGGAAACAGAAAAUAAUGGCCCCGGGCGCCUGCUGAGAGUCAACCAGCAGACUCUGUCAGAAGAAGGAAGGGGGAAAGGGGAACAGACAACACCGAGGUCGACUGUGUCAAGACAGAAACCGAAAACCAGCACCGCUGGUAUUCUGGUCCCCGCUCCUGAGGAAAAAUUAUGUUUCAUCAGGGUGUUCGCUGUUUUCCUACGUUCUGUGUUGCACCCCUUCCGUCUGUGCCGAUCGUCGCAUCUCGCCGUAUCCCCAUUGGCGCGGGAGUUUUCAGAUUUGCGCUCCGGAGGGCUGGCUGGCAAGCACGGCUUUUGCUGUUGGUCUCUAGCUCGAAAAACGGUACUUUUCAAUCCUUUGCUCAAUAGGCGUGUCUUCUUCCCGUUGAGAUGCUUGUUACGAAAGGGGGUACAGAAAAGGCCGGCAAGAGGAUUCGACGUGACGUUCGAGAGUGAUCGCGGACCCCCCCAUCUCAAUCAGGCGUUGGACGAAAAGCUCUCGAAAAGGGUGUUGGUGUGUUCAGUGCAGUGUCAGCGGCGCAUACUUUCUCGCGUGGUUCGGCCAGCCGUCGUGUUGACCAAGUCCGUUUGAGACAUUCAGAGUCGGAAAACCGAACACACAGACUGAACAAACCGUGUAUCAGCUGAGCUGCGUGGCGG